AUGCUUUGCACUGUGGGACUCUUUGUAGCCGGGGCUGCAUUUCCUGCAUGGGCGUCGGCCCACCUCGCCCAGAUGGCGCACUCUGUCUCGCUCAUGGUGCGGCAGACUGCAGCAUCCUUGAAAUCUUUAGACACGCUCUUGGAGGCAGAUCAGCAGUUCUACGUGAUUCUGUCACUCCGCACUUGUCCUCAGGGGCGGCCUUUGUUACCCUGCAGAUCGCCAGAGUACAUGGUUGGUCGCAGUGAGGAUCAUUCGGUGGUCGUGCUCGACCUGCCUUCUGGAAGCCCUGAGUCUUUGUAUCCAGCUUGGUACCGCCCGGUGGGAGAGUUUGACUUCCCAAGCUUCUUGCAGAUGUUCCUCAUCUCUAUCGGUUGCUCAGAGGUGCACGUGUACAACACCAUGGAUGGAGCACUGCUGGUCCCAUACCAGGCGGUUGUCCAGAGAAGCCAGUGGAAUACACUGGCCUCACGAUUCGAUGCAGCUUGGAAGGUGCACAAGACGGCGUACCGGAAGUUGAACAGCUCCAAGCAUGCGCCGACAAUCUCAGAGGGCCGCAGCCCGCGCUUUGCUGAAGUCGCGGACGAUGCGAUGGAUAAUCCGCCGGCGCUUUCUCUCAGCAGUUUGAUCAGUGUGCACAACACCUUCAUAGAGGUCGAAGAUGGCGAUCUCGAUGCUGACGAGCCGGAGUGGUGUCGAAACAAGAGCGUGUGA